AUGCAGCUAUUGCUCGUGGUGGCCACGGUCGCGAUUUGUGGAGUCGUUCAAGCGCAACAGGGCGUCGAUCCCGCCUAUUUGCGUCAGUAUUACCAACAGCUGCAGCAGCAACAGCAGCAGCAGCAGCCCUCCGAUGGCACGCCCAUUUACGAGCAGAACUCCGAGCAGACGCAGCAAUAUGUGAGUUCCGGGCAGCAGAUCAGGCUGAAGGAUACGGUCGCCGAGCAGAUACGCGCACAGCAGCAACAGCAACAGCCGCAGGGAUAUGUUGCGCCCGCGGUUAGAGACUAUUUGCAGCCACAGCCCCAGCAGAGCGUCUAUCGCCAGUCACAGGCAGCGCCUGCUCCAGCGCCGCGUCGCCCCAGCUAUCAGGCGGCGGUCGCGCCGCAGCUUGGCAAAGGACAACUCAAGCUGCAGUCGCACCAGCAACAGCUGCAGCAGCAGCAGGCGGAGGAGGAGUACGAUGAUCAAAACUCCUCGUAUCAGUUCGGCUUUGAUGUGAAAGACGAUGAGUUCACCAACUAUCAGAAUCGCAAGGAAGUUCGCGAUGGUUCGGUGAUCAAGGGCAGCUACUCGGUGGUCGAUUCGGAUGGCUUCAUACGCACCGUCAAGUACACAGCCGAUCCCAAGGAGGGCUUCAAGGCGGAGGUCAUACGUGAGCCCACUGACAUUGUCGUCAAGAUACCAACACCGCCACCACCAACGCAGCUGCUGCGCGCCGGUGGCCACAAGGCACCACAGGAAUAUGGUCAUUCCAAGCAGCAGUAUCAACCACAGCAGCAGCAGCAGCAGCAGCAGUACCAUCAGUACCAAUAGGAAAGCUGUACUCGUGUCCUUCUGAAAGUUCCGCAAGUCCAUGUAGUUUGUAAAGGCGUUCAUAACAUUAUUCA